AUGUCUGGACGACGACGAUCUCUUUCGCCACGCAACAAGCGGCCUGCUCCCCGCAGCUACGGCGACUUUGGUCGCAACGACAGAAGCGAUAGAGGCGAUAGAGACGAUAGAUCUGACGACAGACGAGACGACUACAGAAGAGGAAGAGAAGGAUACAGAGAACGAGACAGGUACCGUGAAAGCGACCUGUAUCGUGGUGAUGAGCGGGAUUCUCGACUUAGAAGACCUGGUGAUCAUGGCCGGAAUGAACGCUUGACCGAUGAUUUCGGCAGAGACAUUCCUCGAGACAGUUUCAAGGCUGACAAGAGAGUUGAGAGGAAUGAGAGAGUUGAGCGAGCUGAACAGGUGCCACAACACAAAGUGGAGGACAAGGUCGAAGAAAAGGUCGAAGAAAAGGUUGACCAAAAGACCGAGAAACCUGCUACUAUUGGCGCUGAGACUGCUUCCAAGUCUAAGAACAAAAAGAAGGCCCAGGAGCCUGAGGAAGCGGCCAAUGACUCGGACGAAGAGUUGCAACGAAUGAUGGGCUUGUCGUCGGCGUCUUUUGGCACCACCAAGCACAAAAAGGUGGCUGGAAACCAGGUCGGAGCAGUGUCUAAACCCAAGGCCACCCAGUACCGACAGUACAUGAACCGAGUGGGCGGUUUCAACCGGGCCUUAUCUCCCGAAAGGAAGAAGUAG